AUGGCCACCCGGGUGCUGAGCAUGAGCGCUCGCUUAGGGCCGGAGGAGCCCGUCUUCGCGCAGCUCAAGCCCGUGCUGGGAGGCCGAGAUGCCACGCUCUUCCCGGGCCCGGGCCCCGAAGCUAUCAAGCACCAGCAGCCAGGUGGAGGACCCAGGCUUUCCGGGGAGGAAAUGGCGCAGGCACGGUGUGAAAUGGAGAAGUAUCUGACUCCCCAGCUUCCUCCUGUCCCCAGUGUCCCAGAGCAUAAAAAGUACCGUCGGGACAGUGCCUCAGGCAUCGAUCAGUUCUUCAACAGCGACGGGGUGCCUUACAGCGUCAACAUGAAUCUUUACCUCCCCGAUAUUUCCCAGCUGAGGACAGGCCUGUACAAAUCACAGAGGCCCCCCGUGACCCACAUCAAGACAGAGCCCGUGACCGUCUUCAGCCACCAGAGCGAGACGGUUCCUCCGGCCCCCAACCCCACCCAGGCGCUUCCUGAGUUUACGAGCAUCUUCAGCUCCCAUCAGACUCCUGAUGUCAACAACCUCUUCAUCAAGCAAGAGCUCCCCUCUCCGGAUCUUCACCUCUCCAUCUCCACGCCCCAGCAGGGCCAACUAUACCAGCUCCUGAGCUCUCCAGAUCUCGACAUGCCCAACUCCACGACACAAGCUGCAGUGAUGGACUCACUGAACGUGUCCAUGUCCUCGGCCAUGGCAGGCCUUAAUACCCUCUCCUCUGCUAUGCCGCAGACCACCAUGAAACAGUUCCAUGGGCUCUCCCAGUGUACAUACACCAUGCCCAAUCAGUUCCUUCAGCAUCAGCAAGCCACUUACUUCCCUCCUUCUCCCCCAAGUUCGGAGCCUGGCAGUCCGGACAGACAAGCCGAAAUGAUGCAGAAUUUAACCCCUCCGCCAUCUUAUGCUGCUACGAUUGCCUCCAAGUUGGCAAUUCACAAUCCCAGUUUGCCCACAAACAUCCCAAUGAAUUCGCCGCCCGUCCCACCGGUCAGAUACAACAGGAGGACUAACCCAGAGUUGGAGAAGAGACGUAUUCAUUACUGUGAUUAUCCAGGUUGCACUAAAGUGUAUACGAAGUCUUCUCACUUAAAAGCGCACCUGCGAACUCAUACUGGAGAGAAGCCAUACAAAUGCACAUGGGAAGCAUGUGACUGGAGAUUCGCUCGCUCUGAUGAGUUGACCCGCCACUUCAGGAAACACACCGGGUCCAAACCUUUCCAGUGCGUUGUAUGCAGUCGCAGCUUCUCUCGGUCUGACCACUUGGCUCUGCACAUGAAGCGGCAUCAGAACUAGGCUGAACUUGUCCGUGGGGCUGUUGGUAUCUAUGCAACUUUCAAGUGACUCAAGUAUAUACAUUCAGUUAGAAUUAGCUAAGUAUUUGACUGUGUAUGAACUCUUCUCCAUUUUAAAACAGGAAUAAAUUGUAAAAGAAACUGGAAAUGUAUAUUUUGUAUAUUUAUGAGGAAACAGGGAAGACACUGUGUUGCAAUACUUGGAUUGAUUUAUCAUUUUAAGGCCAUGUGACUUAUUCUUCAUGUAUGUGACUUUUAAUCCCUCACAGGUUUCAUCUCGGGGCUGCCUACCAUGAUAUAUAUUUUGCAGAUCUAAGUUGAGCCGUUCCACAUAUGCACAUGCAAAAACACCUUGUCCGAAUUUGUUCUUAGUGUUUCUAGCUGCAAUGCAUA